GUGAUUUUCCAGGAUUUGAGUGUUGAUAGCCAACUGGAAAUGCCACAAGAUGACGAAUUUUCACCCGGAAAAUUCUCAGCCACUGUCCCAGCAGGUGACGCAGCAGCAACCGUUAUCGCGAAAAACUUUGUCUAUAGUUAAAUAUUCGGUCCUAGUGCUGACGGGUAUGUGUUCGAUCCUCGAGAUCAUUCAAAUCGUUCUAGGUGCACGUGCUGGUAAUGUUUUCGCCGAUUUUUACAUUUUCCUCGAUGGCUACUUCCAUUCAUUAACGGAAUUCAUCCUGGCUGUUGGAAUAAUAAUGCUUAUCAUCGCGUUGUUUGGAUCUGUGGGAAUCAUCCUCGAAAAUGUGAUGGUGAUCAUGAUUUACAUCAUUCUUUUCUCAAUACUGGUGAUCAUGGAGACCAUUGUCGCCAUAUUGGCUUACAUCUUGACAAACCAAGUGGAGAAUAUGGUGGAUGUGAGGAUGAACUACGCAUUUUCACAGUUCCGAUACGAUCCGAAUGUACGCGCUUCGAUUCACUUCAUGCAACGGACGUUGGAAUGCUGUGGCAUCCAUAACUACACCGAUUGGGUUGAAUUCAAUCCUGACGAAAGGAUCCCUAAUUCGUGCUUCACUUCACUAGAGGAAAGUAGUGCUCCAUUCCCGCAGGGCUGUUUCAACCAAUUGAGCCAGGUUAUUGAAUAUGUGAUCAAUCUGAUAGCUUCCGGAACGACAAUUAUCAUAAUAUUCCAAAUUAUCUGCAUUGUGAGUGCCGCGGUGUUUAUGAUUCAGAUUAAAAAUUUUAAGAAGCAGCAAGCUCUUCGCAACUCUCCGAGUACGGACGGUAUUACAAUGCAUACUCUGCCAUCGAUCAUAGAAGAAAAGGGGCGAUUCUAG